AUGCUUACCCCUUCAACAAGCUUGUUCCUACUCUCUCGACACAUCCAAAAUGCGUCAUGCAUAGAAGACGCUGAAUUAAUCGAGCAUGCCGAAGAAGACGACAUCCAUACACUGCACUCUAUCGUUAGAUCUUUCAUCCACGCGACCAAAGUCACAGAAGGCUUUGAUGACGAGAAGUGUGGUACCUAUGACAAGGAAGAGGGCCAUGACUUCGAGGAUCAGUAA